UUGAUUUCAGAAAAAAUGGUGAAAGGGUUCUUCAGUAAUCAUUUUUACUUGUUUCUUCUCAUUCUCUUUAUUUACUCAUACCCAUCAUCGGCGGCAACAAGUUAUAAUGUUUUAAGCUUUGGAGCCAAAGGCAAUGGUGUAACGGAUUCCACCCAAGCAUUUUACGAAACAUGGGCUGCAGCCUGUGGCUCUGCUGAAUCAGCCAUAAUUUAUGUACCAGAAGGAAGAUAUUUGCUUGGCUCUAUCAAUUUUCAAGGUGACUGUAAAAAUUCGGAUAUUACAAUUGGCAUUGAUGGAGCACUGGUGGCUCCGGCGGACUACCGUGUACUGGGUCAAGCUGAUAGCUGGCUAAGCUUUGAAGGGGUCAGUGGUGUUUCCGUUAUCGGUGGAGCACUGGAUGCUAUGGGAACAGCGCUGUGGAUUUGCAAGGCUAAAGGCUCAGACUGUCCCAAGGGAGCCACGACACUGAGCUUUAGCAACUCAAACAACAUCAGAAUCAAUGGAGUCAUGUCACUAAACAGCCAAAUGUUUCACAUUGUCAUCAAAGGUUGCCAAAAUGUUCUCGUUGAAGAUGUUAAAGUCAUAGCUGCCGGCGACAGCCCCAACACCGAUGGCGUUCAUGUCCAGUUCUCUCGAAAUGUCAAGAUCUCGAGCUCCUCCAUUAAAACUGGCGAUGACUGCAUCUCCAUCGGGCCUGGCACCAAGAACUUAUUCAUUGAGGAUGUCACAUGCGGCCCUGGCCAUGGCAUUAGCAUUGGGAGCCUAGCAAAAGAUAUGAAUGAGGAAGGAGUUCAGAAUGUGAAAGUGAAACGCACAACUUUUUUAGAUACUCAAAAUGGAUUUAGAAUAAAGUCAUGGGCAAGGCCUAGCAAUGGAUUUGUUCAAGGCAUUUGGUUCAUGGAUGCUGUUAUGAGAAAUGUUCAAAACCCCAUUAUCAUCGACCAAAACUACUGCCCUCACAACUUAAAUUGUCCGGGCCAGGUUUCUGGUAUUCAAAUUAGUGAUGUAACAUAUAAAAAUAUUCGAGGAACGUCUGCUACAGCAGUUGCCAUAAAGUUAGAUUGCAGCACAAUGUACCCUUGCAGAGGGAUAAGAUUGCAGAAUGUGAAUUUGAAGUAUUUAAACCAGGUGGCUCAAUCAUCUUGUAGUAAUGCAGUUGGGCAGGAACUUGGCAUGGUUCAGCCCAGCAAUUGUCUGUGAAUUUUGAAUUGUAAUGAAAAAUCUUU